AUGGGCGCGUCUAUCUUGGGUGUUGUUCUAUCGGCUUUGGACAUAGUUCAAGACGGAAUCCCACCCAGCGGUCCACUAGAUAAGAGCUCGAUCGAUAAUACCGUCAGAGCCUUGGGGGAUUACGCCCGCGACCGACAGAAUACCACUUCAAGAACUGGCGCGAUGUUCCAGGCUUUCAUAGAGCAGCAUCUAUCGGGGGGCGGACCACUCAAGAUCCUUACCCUCUCCUCUAGUUCAACUAUCACCUCGGCCAUCACUCACGUUAUGGGAAAUACUUCGCGACCUGUGGAGGUUCAUGUGCUCGAAUCCCGACCACUCUUCGAAGGUGUCAAGAUGGCACAGUCAAUUGCUUCAUGCGCCAACAAUUCCAAGGCCAAGACCCGCUUGAUAAUCCACACUGAUGCAAGUGUUGGCAUCGCAGCGAAGGACAUAGAUAUUGUGCUCAUCGGAGCGGAUCUGAUCGACAAAACAGCCGCGGUUAGCAACAAAGUCGGUUCUCUGCCUGUUGUUCUGACAGCCAAGUACGUGUCUCCAAAAGCCAAGAUUGUCAUUUUGUCAGAGAAAGAGAAGGUACUCCCUUUUGCACCGCCAGGUCAGGAGGAAAACGAUUCAUGCGAGGUUAUGCAAGCUUGGGGAGACCUCAGCUCAGCUGUGAGGGAGGUUCCCCACUCUCUGGUCACUGUCAAAAACGUGUAUUUCGAGUGGGUGUCACCCGAUUUGAUCGAUCACUACAUCACUGAGGACGGCGUCACCGGUCGUGCGGGAAUGUCGAACUAUGCCCAGGAAGUUGAGAAGAAGGCUGACCAAUAUUUUACCAAUCUCUGA